GUCAUUUGGCGAUAUGAGGUCCCUACAGCUAGUUCUCCUGUUGGUGGUCGGGUUGGCCGUGUCCACAACCCCAGCGAAACUGAAUGUGGACAAACUGCGUGCGAAGUUCCUCGAGGUCACCGAAAAUAAAGGAAACUUCUUUGUGCAAACUUUAAAAUAUUUACAUCGCGAGCCACCAGUGCAGGAGGCAGUCAAUCGUGCCACCACCCGAGAGAUUGUAACCAAAACAAUUGAACAGAAAUUGGAUCAUUUCGAUGUCACGAACGAAGAAACCUGGCAAAUGCGCUACAUGGUAAACGAUGAAUACUUUAAAGAAGGCGGACCGAUCUUCAUUUAUGUGGGUGGUGAGUGGACUAUAUCAGCGGGUAGUAUAAGAAGUGGCCACCUUGUUGAUAUGGCAGAGGAGCACAACGGCAUACUCUUUUACACUGAGCACCGUUAUUAUGGUCAAAGUCGGCCUACGCGCGAUAUUACCGUGGAAAACCUAAAGUAUUUGCAUGUCAAGCAGGCGCUAGCGGAUUUGGCACAUUUCAUUGAGUACCAACGCCAGAAUUAUCCCGGUUUGGCGAAUGCAAAGGUUAUAAUGGCCGGUGGUUCGUAUGCAGCAACUAUGGUCGUAUGGUUCAAACAUUUAUACCCUGAGCUUUUAACCGGCGGAUGGGCUUCGAGUGCGCCACUUUUGGCAAAGGUGGAUUUCCGAGAAUACAAAGAGGUCGUUGGACAGGCUCUACUCGAAUUAGGUAGCGAGCUAUGCUACAGCAGUGUACAGAAUGGUAUUGAAACAUUGCAAGAAAUGAUACAGGAUCAUCGCGCGCCUGAGGUAAAGGCAAUGAUGAAGAUUUGCAAUAACUUCGAUGAGCAUAGUGAUCUGGAUGUGUGGACACUGUUUUCAAGUAUCUCGAAUCUCUUCUCUGGCAUUGUACAAUAUCAGUCCGGCGACGAUGUUCCACUACUUUGUGAUUAUAUACUUUCUCAUGAUGACAAUGCUACGGCCAUAGCGAACUUUCUUUUAAACUAUGUGGGCUCAGGUUGCGUUGAUCUCUCAUACAAAGACACGCUCACCUAUUACAUGGAUUCAACUUAUGCCGCUGGAGCCAGUCGACCCUGGUACUAUCAGACAUGCAACGAAUACGGUUGGUAUCAAUCGUCCGGCUCCAGUCAACAACCUUUCGGCAACAAAUUUCCCGUAACUCUAGACAUCGUCUUGUGUCAGGACGUUUUCGGUGAUGCAUACACAAAUUCAACUAUCCACGCCAAGGUCGCGCAGACAAAUGAGGAUUUCGGUGCGUAUUCACCGAACGCUCCCAACGUUUAUCAAACACACGGUGGUCUCGAUCCAUGGAGCGCGGUCGGUCAUAAGGCCGAACAUGGUGCCACCAUAUUACCACUAACAUCGCAUUGUGCUGACUUCGGUUCGAUAAGUAGCGCGGAUAGUCCAGAAAUGCGUAACUCAAAGGAGGAAUUAGCUAAAUUAGUGCGACAGUGGUUAGCCGAUGAAUAAGUCGAGUAAAUAGUAAUCCAUUUAAGUCAAAAGAAAAAAGUGUUUUUAUUUCAUAAUUUACUGCAACGAUCGAGAUAGUUUUGGUGAAUUUAUGGCAACUAAAAGCGAUUGUGCUUUGACCGUGUUAAAUAAACGGGAAGAUAAAUCUAAUAAAGUGUGUCUGAAGUUAAU